CCUUCGUCCCAACAGCAUGUCAGCGCCCUCCAAAACGCUCACCAUCACCAUGUACCGCGAGCUGCUGCGAGGAUCCGAGCGCGUGAGGGCCAUCAUGCGACCAGGCCACGUCGCGGUCGUCGGCGAGUGCGUACGGCGCUUCGCCGCCGAGUCGAGAUCUCCGCACCUCGCUGCAGCAGCGUCUCUCCACGGCGCCGCGUGCCUGCCUGAGCUAACGCGGUCGAGCUUCCGAGGGCGGGCGGAUCAGCCGGAGCGGGCUGCGGGCCGGUCGGCAGCCGGCUCCGCCAUCGACGACGGCUUUGCGGCGCUGCGGCUCCUGUCGUCUCUCGAAGCGUGGAUUGUGGAGAACAAUGUGCUCUACGACCGCGUCCAGAGCGAAGGGGCGGCGUGGCUGGAUUUCGGCGACAGUGCGGCGGCGGCGGCCCCGCCGGCGCCUUGGGAGACGUGCGAGGCGGAGGAGGCAGCGUACUUCCUCGACUACAGCGCGCUCUACCGUGGAUCGUCACUCAUGGCAGCAGGCGGCGGCGCUUGAGGCGCCCCGGGCAGCUGGCGCGGGCCAGUCGCGGGCCAGAGGCCUCUGCCGCGUGAGCGGCAGGGCCGCCUGAGCGGCAGGAGCCGAGGGUUAGGCAGCAUUGCAUGGGGAGGUAGGGUCGCGGUCGGCAGCGCGAGCGCGCUCUCUCCGCGGCGAGGGGGCGCGACUACUUUAUUCGGCGGCAGGGAGCAUAAUCAGACGGUGCCGCGGCCCGCGGGGCGGGAAGGUGCUGCUGAGCUAGCUGCUGAGAUCGGGUCGGGGAGUCGGGGUGGAGGUUGCUCUAGCUUUCAAACCUGUGAGCGAGUGACGGGUAAUCGUGGCCGUGGCCAAGAAAAUCAAAAUAUUAAGCUC